GACCGAGUACCAUGGCGCACGCACUGUGGACUGCAGUUGGUGAUAGAGGGCACUAAGCAGGAGUGGUGGCACCGGCAGGUUGGCAUCCCGAAGGCACUCCCGCACCAAGGUCGCCCUCAGAAGGCGGCGGACCCAGGCUCGGAAACGAGCAAGAAGAAGCAGGCGGCGCGCCACAGGGCGCAGCACGCAUUGGAGGAGCACCUGCAGGAGGCCUACGAGGAGGCCAUGACGGUGGAGGAGUCGGCGGCUGACACCCUGAUUGACUCGGUGCCGCCGAAGCCCUACAACAUCACGAGCGGUAUCUGGGAGCAGGUUAGCUUCGGGGAUCACAAACUGGAACUGACGGAGGAGAUGCGCAUCAUAGGUGACAAGAUGAUCAUCAGGAGCGCGAAGCACCAGAUGGACGAGCACCAGUUGACGGAGCAGUACGGCGCGUGGGUCGCGAGGGUAGAGGAGGCCCACAUCCUGAAUGAGCAAAUCGACGUUCAGGAGGCGCAGCGGUGCAAGGGGCGCGCGUCAGGCAUCGCGCACAAGGAUGCCUUUAGCAAGCACGACACAGAGACCAGCAGCAAUAUGUACUUCCAAAUGGCAGAGGACAUUCUAGAAUUAGACUUGGGACAGCUGGCAAAUCUGGCUGACCAGACGGAGAAGUACCUGGCCAAGGCAUCGGCCAGAUCGAUGACGACGGCGAGGAAAAGCUUCGCGACUUGGGCGAAGAAGGCCUGGCAGACCAAGGCGGGUAUAUUGCACAGGCACGUCAAGCCGAAGGAGGCACCCACAUACGAGAUCGCGAUAAGGCCAGAUUCUGCCACGGCUGGCCCAACCAUCACCAUGCGCUCGAAGGCCAGUAAAUGGGAGACCAUAUGGACGGAUCCUGUGGAUACGCGCACGGACAUUAUUGAACAGCUGGAGCACACGCGGCGCAGAACGAGACAGGAGGACCUUGACCCCAUCGACAUGGAGAUGUUGAACGGUGUUCUGCGCGUCACU